UAUGCCCUUAAUCGCUUUUUCUUUUUCUUUUUCUUUUUAAUUGAAAAUUUUCACAUUUUCUGCACACCCUAUUCACAUCACCACUCGGCGUUAGAGUUAAUUUGAGUAACCAGAGGAUGGACACAUGAAAUCUACAGAAACCAAGAGAUGAGUGUGGCGUACUAUCCUUCCUUGGCUGGAAUCCCCACAUCACAACUGUCCUUAUUCACCCCAAAACCAGUCAAGUCCAAGAGUUGCAGAUUGAUUUCAUGGGAAGUCCAUUCCAUUACUAAUAGCAGUAAUAAUAGUGGCAAGAGAGCUCAAUUGCAGUUCAGUUCUCGGGUCACAAUGUGUUCUUCUCAUUCUUCUUCGGUUACAUCGGCGGGGUACCGCCAACACAAGGUGGUGUGGAUAUGGACGGAGAGCAAGCAAGUCAUGACUGCAGCCGUCGAGAGGGGAUGGAACACUUUCAUUUUCCCGCCUGACCAUCGAGAACUCGCCACUGAAUGGUCCUCAAUUGCAUUGAUACACCCGCUCUUCAUUAAAGAGGAAAAACUUUUUGACAGUGAAGGAAGAGGAGUUGCGACAGUUUAUGAUGUUACUUCUCCGCAACAACUACAGCUGCUCCAGCCUGAAGAUAAGCAGGCAGACAACGUUAUCAUCAAUUUACUGGAUUGGCAGGUGAUACCUGCAGAGAAUAUUGUUGCAGCAUUCAAAGGCAGUCAUAUAACAGUCUUUGCCAUCUCAAAAUCUCCUUCUGAAGCACAAAUUUUUCUUGAGUUGCCUACAUAUUCUUUGGUUGGUGUCCUGGCAUACAUGGCUCAUGGAUUUCAGAGUCAAAAAGUUCAUACUUACUUCUUUGAUAUCAGUUGAAGUGCAGCCCAUUAUGAGUUCCUCCAAGCCAGAUGCAGACCUCCCCCCUAGUUUAUGAUGUUGCUGCUGCGGCUGCUGGUGAUGCUGCUGCUCAGAAUCCAUUUAAGAAAAACAAAAAAAUACCCAUGUAAAUGAUCAUGUCUACAACUAUUAGAUUGGCAAGUGAAAUGACAGUUGUUUGCCUGCAAUUUAACAGACACCAAAAACCAUCAAUGAGUUACUGGGUCGUGUCUCAAACUCAGUCACUGUACACCCGAGUUGCACUUUUAUGCAACUCGGUUUAUAUAUAUAUAUUUAAAUAUGAAUUUGAAUA